AUGUCAACAGAGGCACUAGUCUGUCCAGAAGCUUCUUCGAACUGCUCGCUCAUCACGACGCAGUCGUUGAAAAUCAACCCUUUGACUCGUGAAGCUGAACUUACGGAAGCCAAUGCGUACCCUGGAAUAACAAAUCGUACGGAAUCAUGUGGAUUCUGGGGUUGUGACUGUGGUUUUCCAUCUUCGGGAUGCCUUUUCUAUAGAGUUUAUAAAAAACCCGUAAGCUCCGAAAUAUACGAAAUCUUUCAAUGCCCCACCUGUUACGAAACCGUGAGCGUAAUUCUCGAAAUUUCUCGCUCUUCUGGCAAAACACGAGAGUACUUCCGCAAUCUUCAACCCAAUGUUCAGAAAGCAAUCUUUGAUGACGUAAUAUCGAUCACAAACUUAGCCGUACCUCCAAUACCUCUUUCAAACUCUCAAUUCAUUCGAAAAAAUCAAACUAUUGCAAUGAUUCCGUCAAACUCGCAAUCCACAUACGCUUGUGCAAAUCGUAAUUCUACUCAUCUCGAAGAAUGUAUCGUAAAGGACAGUUGCACAUGUACGCCAGCGCAAAAUGAAGUUAAUUGUUAUUGUACAGAUGAUCGUAUUGAUGAAAUGUUUACUUUACAAUCUAUUCUUCCGCACACAUACCCUAAUUUCGCACUUUCGUCAAAUCCACAUUCUCAAUCCAAUCCAACUAUACGAACACAAUCCGCCUCCUUGGAAAUGUCGCUAACGCUUAAUAUAUCUAAAUCACGUAUACGCAACAUCGUAAGCCAUUUCUCUUGUUCCAUAUCAGUCCCUCCAUUACAAGGAUGCUACGGGUGCUUGAAAGGCGCCUUAGCCACCUUUACUUGCCGUUCAAGCAUCAAUAACGUCUUGGCGCAAGUGGAAUGCUCCACGCAAGCUUUCGCAAUUCCGUGUUCUCGUACCCGAAAAGAAACUCCUAUUCGAUUAUUCUAUCCGACAGCUCGAGUAAAUGAUAGCUGCACCGUUCUUUGUGGACGCAACUAG